AUGGCAUUAGGUGAGUCUUUGUGUAUUACAGUAACUAAGUUUUCAUAAAGGAAGGUCUUUCAAGUGCCUUACAUGAACAACAAUAGACUCUAUAUAGAUUGGUAUCGGUUGUCUCUGUGAUUUCUGCUUUAUCCAAGUACAGUAUGAUAUUGUCUCUGUCUAGUGUAGCCUUGUUUCAGUUGGCUAUGAUUUAUAUAUUGGAUAUACUUUGUCUCCUGAGUGGCGCAGUGGUCUAAGGCACUGCAUCGCAGUGCUAACUGUGCCACUAGAGAUCCUGGUUCGAAUCCAGGCUCUGUCGCAGCAGGCCGCGACUGGGAGACUCAUGGGCGGCGCACAAUUGUUCCAGGGUAGGGGAGGGAAUGGCUGGCAGGGAUGUAGCUCAGUUGAUAGAGCAUGGCGUUUGCAAUGCCAGCGUUGUGGGUUCAAUUCCCACGGGGGGCCAGUAUAAAAAAAUAUGUAUUCACUAACUGUAAGUCGCUCUGGAUAAGAGCGUCUGCUAAAUGACUGUAAAUGUAAAAAUACUAAUGUCUGCAAUGCAAUUUUAACAGGCUAAUUUGUGGAUUCUGGUAUCCAUGAACGUUGCUAAAGAAUGACUUGUUACAGAGAGUCACAAAAUAGACCUAACAAAGUACUCAUUCCCAUUUCCAGUUCUCAUUACCUCUUUCUAGUCUCACACAGUGGUGGAAAAAGUACCCAACUGUCAUACUUUAGUAUAAGUAAAGAGACCUUAACAGAAAAUGACUCAAGUAAAAGUGAAAGUCACCCAGUAAAAUACUGCUUGAGUAAAAAUCUAAAAGUAUUUGAUUUUAAAUAUACUUGUAUCAAAAGUAAAUGUCAUUUUUUUUAAAUACGUAAGUAUCAAAAGUAAAAAUAAAAGUAGAAAUCAUUUCAAAUUCCUUAUACAGUGCCUUCGGAAAGUAUUCACACCUGUUUUGUUACAUUACAGCCUUAUUCUAAAAUUGAUUAAAUUAUUGUUUUCCCCUCAUCACUCUACACACUAUACCCCAUAAUGACAAAGCAAAAACAAGUUUUUAGAAAUGUUUGCAAAUGUGUCAAAAAUACAUAAAUAAAAUAUCACAUUUACAUAAGUAUUCAGACCCUUUACUCAGUACUUUGUUGAAGCACCUUUUGCAGCGAUUACAGCCUCAAGUCUUCUUGGGUAUGACGCUACGAGCGUGGCACACCUGUAUUUGGGGAGUUUCUCCCAUUCUUCUCUGCAGAUUCUCUCAAGCUCUGUCAGGUUGGAUGGGGAGCGUUGCUGCAUAGCUAUUUUCAGGUCUCUCCACAGAUGUUCGACCGGGUUCAAGUCCGGGCUCUGGCUGGGCCACUCAAGGACAUUCAGAGACCUGUCCUGAAGCCACUCCUGCGUUGUCUUGGCUGUGUGCUUAGGGUUGUUGUCCUGUUGGAAGGUAAACCUUCACCCCAGUCUGAGGUCCUGAGGGCUCUGGAGCUGGUUUUCAUCAAGGAUCUCUCUGUACUUUGCUCCGUUCAGCUUUUCCCCGAUCCUGACUAGUCUCCCUGUCCCUGCAGCUGAAAAACAUCCCCACAGAAAGAUUCUGCCACCACCAUGCUUCACCGUAGGGAUGGUGCCAGGUUUCCUCCAGACGUGACGCUUGGCAUUCAGGCCAAAGAGUUCAAUCUUGGUUUCAUCAGACCAGAGAAUCUUGUUUCUCAUGGUCUGAGAGUCUUUAGGUGCCUUUUGACAAACUCCAAGCGGGCUGUCAUGUGCCUUUUACUGAGAUGUGGCUUCCGUCUGGACACUCUACCAUAAAGGCCUGAUUGGUGGAGUGCUGCAGAGAUGGUUGUCCUUCUAGAAAGUUCUCCCAUCUCCACAGAGUAACUCUAGAGCUCUGUCAGAGUGACCAUCUUGUUCUUGGUCAGUUUGGCCAGGUGGCCAUUUCUAGGAAGAAUCUUGGUGGUUCCAAACUUCUUGCAUUUAAGAAUGAUGGAUGCUACUGUGUUUUCGGGGACCUUCAAUGCCUCAGACAUUUUUUGGUACCCUUCCUCAGAUCUGUGCCUCGACACAAUCCUGUCUCGGAGCUCUACAGACAAUUCCUUCGACCUCAUGGCUUGGUUUUUGCUCUGACAUGCACUGUCAACUCUGGGACCUUAUAUAGACAGGUGUGCCUUUCCAAAUCAUGUCCAAUCAAUUGAAUUUACCACAGGUGGACUCCAAUCAAGUUGUAGAAACAUCUCAAGUGUGAUCAUGGGAACAGGAUGCAUCUGAGUUCAAUUUCGAGUCUCGUCGCAAAGGGUCUGAAUACUUAUGUAAAUAAGGUAUUUCUGUAUUAAUAUUUUAAUAAAUUAGCAAAAAAAUAUAAAAACUUGUUUUCACUUUGUCAUAAUGGGGUAUUGUGUGUAGAUUGAUGAGGAAGGGAAUUUAUUUAUUCAAUUUUAGAAUAAGGCUGUAAUGUGGAAAAAGUUAAGGGGUGUGAAUAUUUUCCGAAUGCACUGUAUACAUAACCAUCCGGCUUUACAAAUGGUGUAAAUACCACAACAGCAUAUAUUUAAAGUUGUUUAUAAAUGUGUCAAUAACUAUCUCUGUAUAGCUUACUAACAUUUACAAAUGUAGCAAUAACAAUUCAUAGAUGGUGAGCAAAGUUAUAUAUAAAAAAAUUUUUUACUGGACAUUAUUAUAAGGCGUUAUCCAUUUAGAAAUGGGGACUUCAGUAAAUAUGUGUUUAAUUGUAACGUUUUGGUUGUCUGUGUUUCUCCUCAACAGCUCAUCAAAUGGUGUUGUAUUCAUUGGCAGGUAAGUGUUAAUUUACACUGAAUGAAAAUAUAAACGCAACAUGCAACAAUUUCAAAGAUUUUAUUGAGUUACAGUUCAUAUAAGGAAAUCAGUUAAUUGAAAUACAUUAAUUAGGCCCUAGUCUAUGAAUUUCACAUGACUGGAAAUACAAAUAUGCAUCUGUUGGCCACAGAUACCCUAAAAAUAAAAGGUAGGGGCGUGGAUCAGAAAACCAGUCAGUAUCUGAUGUGACCACCACUUGCCUCAUGCAGCGCGACACAUCUCCUUCACAUAGAAUUGAUCAGGCUGUUGAUUGUGGCCUGUGGAAUGUGGUCCCACUCCUCUUCAGUGGCUGUGCGAAGUUGCUGGAUAUUGGCAGGAAAUGGAACACGCUACCGUACACGUCGAUUCAGAGCAUCCCAAACAUGCUCAAUGGGUGACAUGUCUGGUGAGUAUGCAGGCCAUGGAAGAACUGGGAAAUGUUCAGCUUCCAGGAAUUGUGUACAGAGCCUUGCGACAUGGGGUCGUGCAUUAUCGUGCUGAAAGAUGAGGUGAUGGCGGCGGAUGAAUGGCACGACAAUGGGCCUGACGAUUUCGUUACGGUAUCUCUGUGCAUUCAAAUUGCCAUCGAUAAAAUGCUAUUUUGUUCGUUGUCCGUAGCUUAUGCCUGCCCAUACCUUAACCCCACCGCCACCAUGGGGCACUCUGUUCACAACGUUGACAUCAGGAAACCGCUCGCCCACCCGACGCCAUAAACGCUGUCUGCCAACUUCCUGGUACAGUUGAAACCGGGAUUCAUCUGUGAAGAGCACACUUCUCCCAUGUGCCAGGGGCCAUGGAAGGUGAGCAUUUGCCCACUGAAGUCGGUUACGACGCCGAUCUGCAGUCAGGUCAAGAACCUGGUGAGGACGACGAGCACUCAGAUAAGCUUCCCUGUGACGGUUUCUGACAGUUUGUGCAGCAAUUAUUUGGUUGUGCAAACCCAGUUUCAUCAGCUGUCUGGGUGGCUGGUUUCAGACGAUCCCGCUGGUGAAGAAGCCGGAUGUGGCGGUUCUGGGCUGGCGUGAUUACACGUGGUCUGCGGUUGUGAGGCCGGUUGGCCGUACUGCCAAAUUCUCUAAAACGAAGUAUGGUGACAUUCCUGCAGUCAGCAUGCCAAUUGCACACUCCCUCAAAACUUGAGGCAUCUGUGGCGUUGUGUUGUGUGACAAAACUGCACAUUUUAGAGUGGUCUUUUAUUGUCCCCAGCACAAGGUACAUCUGUGUAAUGAUCAUGCUGUGUAAUCAGCUUCUUGAUCUGCCACACUUGUCAUGUGGAUGGAUUAUCUUGGUAAAGGAGAAAUGCUCACUAACAGGGAUGUAAACAAAUGUGUGCAAAACAUUUGAGAGAAAUAAGCUUUUUGUGUGCAUGGAACAUUUCUGGGAUCUUUUAGUUCAGCUCAUGAAACAUGGGACCAACAUAUUACAUUUUGCUUUUAUAUUUUUGUUCAGUGUACAUGUGAACACAAGUCCCAAAAAGGUUUAAAGUAGCAUAUUUGAAUAUCAUUUAAAUACAUUUAAAAGUACACAUAUGUCACGGUUUCGGCCGAGGCUGCCUCUCUUCCUUGCUUGGGCAGGCUUCGGCGUUCGUCGUCUCCGGAAUACUAGCUGCCACCGUUGCAUGUUUCUAUGUUCGUUUGCUUUUGUCUGAUUGUUGUUACACCUGUUAUCGUUUGGUGUAAUUAGUGUCCUAUAAGUUCUCGUUGUGUUUGUCUAGUGUUGUGUGUGAUUGUUUUACUGUCGUGCGUUUUGCUGGACGUAAUACUGUUUGCUCGGUUGAGCUGUUCUCCAUUGUGUUGGAGUGCUUUGUCGCACCUGUGUAGUGCGCCCGUUUUGUUUUCGCCUGCGUGCGGGGUUUCGCCUUCGGGCUAGUUUGUGCGUUUCUCUUGUGGAUAUUUCACUAAAGUCUUUGGACUGUACUUCUGCGUCCUGCGCCUGAUUCCACCACUACACCCACCUACAGCAUCACUGACAGAAUCACACACCACUCAAAUGGAAUCAGCAGGAGCCGCAGCAGCACAGGCGACGCUGGAGGACAGGGUCCGCGAGCAGAAUGACCAGAUCCUGCGGAUGGGGUCCGCCCUGCAGGAGGUGAUCACCACCAUCCGAGGCUGGGAGACCCGAGGGACACCUCCACCGCCAUCUUCCCUGCCCUCACCAUCGGCAAGUCAGCCCAUUCCCGCUCCGGAACCCAGAGGAGUUCGACUCUCGCUCCCGAGGGCCUACGAUGGGACCGCUGCCGGGUGUCAGGGAUUCCUUCUCCAGGUGGAGCUUUACCUGGCCACCGUGCACCCGGCGCCCUCGGGACUGAUCCGGGACUCACCCGGCGUCCGCCCUGAUCUCCUGCCUUUCCGGCAAGGCGUUGGAAUGGGCCAACGCAGAGUGGAGGAGAAUAGACGCUACGACCAUCACGUACGACGAGUUCUCCCGCCGCUUCAGGGCGGUGUUUGACCAUCCCCCGGAGGGGAAAGCGGCGGGGGAGCGUCUGUUCUGCCUCCGGCAGGGGAAGAGGAGUGCCCAGGAGUUCGCCUUGGAAUUCCGUACUCUAGCGGCGGAUGCAGGGUGGAAUGAGCGGGCCCUCAUCGAUCACUACCGAUGUAGUCUACGUGAGGACGUCCGUAGGGAGCUGGCCUGUAGGGACACCAGCCUCUCGUUCGACCAGUUGGUCGACAUGUCCAUCAGGCUGGAUACCCUGCUAGCUACCCGCGGACGUCCCGAGGGGGGUCCGUCCAUUUCCCCCUCCAGCGCCUCCGAGCCGUGCCCCAUGGAGCUCGGGGGCACUGGCGCUAGAGAGAGGAGGGGUCGGAUUACGAGGGGGUCCAUCUCCUGCACCAACUGUGGUCGGGAAGGACACACCGCGGUUAGGUGCUGGGGAUGGCCUCCUAGGGGAGAAGACGACAGGUCCCGCACUGGGGAGUCCUUCCAGGUGAGUAGGCGCCCCACUCACCCAGAGCUCUCUGUUGCACACUUCUGUAUACCUGUGAGUUUUCCACAGGUAGCACCUCAUUCCCAGCAUAAGGCGCUGGUAGAUUCAGGCGCGGCUGGGAAUUUUGUUGAUAAGAAAUUUUGUUUAGCCUUAGGGAUUCCCCUUCUCCCUGUUGACGUCCCCUUCCCCGUUCAUGCCCUAGAUAGCCGUCCGUUGGGUGCGGGCUUGAUCAGGGAGGUCACGGCGCCACUUAGGAUGUGUGCGCAGGGGGGUCAUCAGGAGAUGAUCCAGCUAUUUCUGAUCGACUCGCCUGCGUAUCCGGUGGUGCUGGGCAUGCCCUGGUUGAGUACCCAUAACCCAUCUAUUUCGUGGCAGGAGAGGGCUCUGAUGGAGUGGUCUGCCCAGUGUGUGGGUCGAUGUUUAGGCGUUUCCGUAGGGGCUACCUCGGUGGAGAGUCCAAACCAGGUGCCCACAUUGCACGUUCCCCCUGAGUAUGGGGAUUUGGCUAUUGUGUGCAGUAAGUCGAAGGCGACGCAGUUGCCUCCCCAUAGGCAGGGAGAUUGUGCGAUAGACCUCCAGGCAGGAGCUGCGCUCCCACGGAGCCAUGUGUAUCCUCUGUCUCAGGAGGAGAAUAGAGCUAUGGAGACUUACAUAGACGAAUCUCUGAGACAAGGAUACAUACGGCCCUCCACUUCCCCUGCGUCCUCGAGUUUAUUUUUUGUGAAGAAAAAGGAUGGUGGGUUACGCCCGUGCAUUGAUUACCGUGGUCUCAAUCAGAUCACGGUGAAGUACAGUUAUCCACUCCCGCUGAUUGCGACCAUGACGGAGUCAUUGCACGGGGCGCGUUUCUUCACUAAAUUAGAUCUCAGGAGCGCGUACAACUUGGUGCGCAUUAGGGGGGGCGAUGAAUGGAAGACAGCCUUUAGUACCACCUCGGGCCAUUACGAGUAUCUUGUCAUGCCAUACGGGUUGAUGAACGCUCCUUCAGUUUUCCAAUCAUUAGUGGAUGAGAUCUUCAGGGACAUGCAGGGGCAGGGGGUGGUCGUGUACAUAGAUGACAUUCUCGUGUACUCGCCUACCCGAGUCGAGCAUGUGGCCCUGGUGCGCCGAGUGUUGCGGAGGCUGUUGGAGCACGACCUGUAUGUCAAGGCAGAGAAGUGUCUGUUUUUCCAGGAGUCGGUCUCCUUUUUGGGUUAUCAGUUGUCUGCGUCAGGGGUGAAGAUGGAGGUAGACCGGGUGUCAGCCGUGCGUAAUUGGCAAAUGCCAACCACUGUGAAGGAGGUGCAGCAAUUUUUGGGGUUUGCGAAUUACUACCGGAGGUUUAUCCGGGGUUUUGGACAGGUGGCAGCUCCCAUAACGUCUCUUUUGAAGGGGGGUCCGGUGCGUCUGCAGUGGUCAGCCGAGGCGGACAGGGCGUUUGGGAGGCUGAAGGACCUGUUUACCUCGGCCCCGGUGCUGGCACAUCCGGAUCCCUCUUCACCAUUUCAGGUAGAGGUGGACGCGUCAUAGGCCGGUAUAGGAGCCGUGCUUUCGCAACGGUCCGGCGCGCCACCUAAACUCCGCCCCUGUGCUUUUUAUUCCAAGAAGCUCAGUCCGGCGGAGCGAAACUAUGACGUAGGGGACAGGGAGCUGUUAGCCGUGGUACAGGCCCUAAAGGUGUGGAGGCACUGGCUUGAGGGGGCUCAACACCCUUUCCUCAUUUUGACGGACCACCGUAACCUGGAGUACAUCCGGGCAGCGAGGAGGCUGAACCCUCGCCAGGCGAGGUGGAAUAUAUUUUUGACCCGGUUCACAUUUAAGAUCACGUACAUCCCUGGGUCACAGAACGGUAAGGCAGACGCACUGUCUCGGCGGUAUGACACGGAGGAGAGGUCCGUGGAGCCCACUCCCAUACUGCCGGAGUCUUGUCUGGUGGCACCGGUAGUGUGGGAGGUCGAUGCUGAACUCGAGCGGGCGUUACGCACCGACCCUAGUCCACCUCAAUGCCCGGAGGGUCGGAAGUACGUUCCGCUCGAGGUUCGGGAUCGAUUGAUCUAUUGGGCUCACACGUCACCCUCCUCUGGACACCCUGGUAUCGGCCGGACAGUGCACUGUCUUAGUGCCAAGUACUGGUGGCCCACGUUGGCGAGGGAUGUGAGGGUUUAUGUUUCCUCCUGCUCGGUGUGCGCCCAGUGUAAGGCGCCUAGACAUCUGCCUAGGGGUAAGUUACUACCCCUGCCCGUUCCACAACGACCAUGGUCUCACCUCUCGGUGGAUUUCCUCACUGACCUUCCUCCUUCACAGGGGAAUACCACUAUACUGGUCGUUGUGGACCGGUUUUCUAAGGCCUGUCGUUUGCUCCCUAUGCCGGGCCUUCCUACUGCCCUGCAAACUGCCGAAGCACUAUUCACCCAUGUGUUCCGGCACUACGGGGUACCCGAGGAUAUUGUGUCUGAUCGAGGUCCCCAAUUUACCUCCAGAGUCUGGAGAGCUUUUAUGGAGCGGUUGGGGGUCUCGGUGAGCCUCACCUCGGGUUACCACCCGGAGAGUAAUGGGCAGGUGGAACGUGUGAACCAGGAUGUGGGUAGGUUUCUUACAACAUACUGCCAGGACCGGCCGGAGGAGUGGGCAAGGUACGUUCCUUGGGCCGAAAUGGCCCAGAAUUCCCUACGCCAUUCCUCCACUAACCUAACCCCUUUCCAAUGUGUGUUAGGUUACCAGCCGGUUCUGGCACCUUGGCAGCAGAGCCAGAUCGAGGCUCCUGCGGUGGAUGAGUGGGUGCGGCGCUCGGAGGAGACAUGGAACGCUGCACACGUCCACCUACAGCGGGCCCUCCGUCGUCAUAAGGCGAGCGCCGAUCUCCACCGCAGUGAGGGACCGGUGUACGCACCUGGUGAUCGAGUCUGGCUCUCUACCAGAAACCUGCCCCUCCGCCUGCCCUGUCGGAAACUGGGUCGGCGGUUUGUAGGGCCAUUUAAAGUCCUGAGAAGAUUGAACGAGGUGUGUUACAAAUUACAACUACCUGUUGAGUAUAAAAGUAUUAACCCCUCGUUCCAUGUGUCUCUUCUCAGGCCGGUGGUAGCUGGCCCACUCCAAGAAAGUGAGAUCAGGGAGACUCCUCCGCCCCCAUUGGACAUCGAGGGGGCACCGGCGUACUCCGUGCGGUCCAUCUUGGAUUCGAGACGUCGAAUGGGGGGUCUCCAAUAUCUAGUGGAGUGGGAGGGGUACGGCCCGGAGGAACGGUGCUGGGUGCCGAGGAGAGACAUUUUGGACCCGUCUCUCCUGACGGAAUUCCAUCGUGGGCACCCGACGCACCCUGCUCCGCGUCCUCCUGGUCGUCCCCGAGGCCGGAGUCGGCGCACGUCUGGAGCCGCGCGUCAAGGGGGGGGUACUGUCACGGUUUCGGCCGAGGCUGCCUCUCUUUCUUGCUCGGGCAGGCUUCGGCGUUCGUCGUCUCCGGAAUACUAGCUGCCACCGUUGCAUGUUUCUAUGUUCGUUUGCUUUUGUCUGAUUGUUGUUACACCUGUUAUCGUUUAGUGUAAUUAGUGUCCUAUAAUGAUUGUUUUACUGUCGUGCGUUUUGCUGGACGUAUUACUGUUUGCUCGGUUGAGCUGUUCUCCAUUGUGUUGGAGUGCUUUGUCGCACCUGUGUAGUGCGCCCGUUUUGUUUUCGCCUGCGUGCGGAGUUUUGCCUUCGGGCUAGUUUGUGCGUUUCUCUUGUGGAUAUUUCACUAAAGUCUUUGGACUGUACUUCUGCGUCCUGCGCCUGAUUCCACCACCACACCCACCUACAGCAUCACUGACAACAUAAAGCAAGUCCAAAAACGUUAAUUAACACGUUUGUAACAAAACUUUGAAUACAACAGCUUUGACCACAAUUACAGUGUUCAAUUGCUUAUUUGAUUAUUGAUUAUUAUUAAUACAUUUUCUUAUCAUCUCUUUUCCUCUUUGUUAGCUGGUGAAGACAUCAGGCUGGUCAAUGGCACUAGUCGCUGCUCGGGGACAGUAGAGAUCCUUUAUAAGGGCCAGUGGGGAAGAGUGUGUGGUCAGAAGUGGGACGUAAACGAUGCCAAUGUGGUGUGUGGCCAGCUGGGCUGUGGGAGGGCUGUGAGUGCCCAAGGUACUGCCCACGUAGGUCAGGGUAGUGGUGGCAGACCUACUUGGCUGGAUGAUGUUGGGUGUGACGGCAGUGAGAGCUCCCUGACAGAAUGCUCACAUGGAGGAUUGAAACACCAUGACUGUUUACAAGUUCAAGAUGCCAGUGUUAUCUGCUCAGGUAAGAAAAGUCCCUCUGUGUUGCUAUUGUGGUUGAUAGAAGUCGAAAUACCUUGAUUAUACUUGUGUCAACUUGGCAUUGAUUUUGUUGAAUAUGAUACUGAAAGGCUUCUAUUUCCUCAAUUUUUUCUUUCAUUCCUAGUCAAACCUAACAUCAGACUGGCCAAUGGGAGUGACCUCUGCUCUGGGAGGGUGGAGGUCUAUCAAAUUGGUCAGUGGCUAACCGUGUGUGAUGACGUGUGGGACUUGAAUGACGCUGCUGUGGUGUGUAGACAACUGGGCUGUGGGAGAGCUGAUAGUGCCCCAGAGAAGGCCUACUUUGGUCAGGGCAGUGGGCCCAUCUGGCAGGAUGAUGUUGGCUGCUCUGUCAGUGAGUGCUCCAUCACACAGUGCCCACACACAGGAGGAGGAACACAUGAAUGUAAUCAUGGUAACGACGCAGGUGUUAUUUGUUCAGGUAAGGGAGUCUCUUUGCCUUGUCUAGACUAGAGUUUUAUCAGGAUUAGGUUUGAAUGGUUUGAAUUGUGCAAAAAGGUCUUAUCAUAGAGAAAAUCCUAAAAAGCAUAUUACUGCAGUAUUAUAGCCUGCUCUGCCACCUAGUGGAGAGUUGACCAUUGCAGAAAGAAUCUUAACCCAGGCCAGAUUUGGUGCUAUGUGACCAGAUGGGGGCAGCCUAGAACAGAGCAUGUGGCCAAUACAGUAUGAAUACCAUCAGAUGCAGUCCCUUCAGAAAGUAUUCACACCCCCCUGGACUUAUUCCACAUUGUUGUGUUACAGCCUGAAUUAAAAAUGGAUUAAAUAGAUUUUUUCUCUCACCCAUCUACAAUACCCCAUAAUGACAAAAGGAAAACAUGUUUUUAGAAAUGUUUACAAAAUAUAAUAAAUGUAAUACAGAAAUAUCUCAUUUACAUAAGUAAAUUCCUGAGUUAAUACAUGUUAGAAUAACCCUUGGCAGCGAUUACAACUGUGAGUCUUUCUGCGUAAGUCUCGAGGAGCUUUGCAUACCUGGAUUGUACAAUUCAAGCUCUGUCAAAUUGGUUGUUGAUCAUUGCUAGACAGGCAUUUUCUAGUCUUGGCAUAGAUUUUCAAGCCGAUAUAAGUCAAAACUGUAACUAGGCCACUCAGGAACAUUCAAUGGUGUCUUGGUAAGCAACUCCAGUAUAGAUUUGUCAUUGUGUUUUAUGUUGUUGUCCUGCUGAAAGGUGAAUGAAUCUCCCAGUGUCUGGUGGAAAGCAGAGUGAACCAGGUUUCCUAAAAAAAAAACUCCCUAGUCCUUGCUGAUGACAAGCAUACUCAUAACACACAGGAGGUUGGUGGCACCUGAAUUGGGGAGGACUUGCUUGUUGUAAUGGGAGGACGGACCCAUGUGUUUGAUGCCAUUCCAUUCGCUUGGUUCCAGACAUUAUAAUGAGCUGUCCUCCCCUCAGCAGCCUCCACUACCAUAACUUGAUGAAGCCAGUGAUACUCAGUGAUGUGUUGUGUUGGAUUUGCCCCAAACAUAACACUUUGUAUUCAGGACAUAAAGUUAAUUUAUUUGCCAAUUUUUUUGCUGUUUUACUUUAGUGCCGUAUUGCAAACAGGAUGCAUGUUUUGGAAUAUUUGUAUUCUGUACAUGCUUCCUUCUUUUCACUCUGUCAUUUAGGUUAGUAUUGUGGAGUAACUACAAUGUUGUUGAUCCAUUCUCAGCUUUCUCCUAUCACAGCCAUAAACAAUGUAACUGUUUUAAAGUCACCAUUGGCCUCAUGGUGAAAUCCUUGAGCGGUUCCCUUCCACCUCGCCCAUCUACCAAUAGGUGCCCUUCUUUGCGAGGCAUUGGAAAACCUCCCUGGUCUUUGUGGUUGAAUCUGUGUUUGAAAUUCACUGGGGGACCUUACAGAUAAUUGUAUGUGUGGGGUACAGAGAUUAAGUAGUCAUUCAAAACUCAUGUUAAACACUAUUAUUGUACACAGAGCCCAUGCAACUUAUUAUGUGACUUUGUUAAGCACAUUUUUACUACUGAACUUAUUUAGGCUUGCCAAAACAAAGGGGUUGAAUACUUAUUCACUCAAGACAUUUCAGCUUUUCAUUUUUUAUUAAUUAGUAAAAAAUUCUAAAAGCAUAAUUACGCGGUAUUGUUUCUAGGUCAAUGGCACAAAAUGUCAAUUUUAAUCCAUUUUAAAAUCAGGCUGUAACACAAUUAAAUGUGGAAAAAGUCAAGGAGUGUGAAUACUUUCUCAAGGCACCCCAGGUUGUGAUUUCUGUUGCCUGACUAAACUACAUGUCUUUGACCAACAGGUGUUGUCUUGCAGAAGCCUUCACUCUCCACAGACCCAUCCAAUUCUGCCUUCUUGCAUGGAGAGGAGAUCCAACUCACCUGCACUCUUCCAUCCCGUAUCCUCUGUAAUGCUGUUGAAUUCCGCUUCUAUCUGAAUGGAGACUCCAUCAUGAAUGUGACUGUUGGAUCCUCACAGCCCAGGGCUACUUUAACAAAGUUUAAGAUGGAUGCUUCACACCAGGGCAGUUACCGCUGUCUCUACAGAACCCUCUCCAACGGCCAAGCCAUCAACUCCCCUUACAGCAACGUUACUAAAGGUGAGGUGGUAGUUCGGAAACAAGUGUUGCCUAAUCUAUAUCGAUCAGUGGAGGCUGGUGGGAGGAGCUAUAGAAGGACGGGCUCAUUAUCAUAGCUGGAAUGGAAUACAUGGAAUGGUAUCAAACACAUCAAACAUAUGGAAACAACGUUUGAUUACGUUCCAUUGAUUCCAUUCCAGCUAUUAUAAUGAGCCCGUCCUCCUGUAGCUCCUGCCACCAGCUCCUCCCACCAGCCUCCACUGAUAUCUAUAUAUUUAAGAUUCAUAGCCUUGAUAGAGACGGGAGACUGACUACCUUGUCCAUCACACACACAUUUCUCAGUUACAAGGUGUGAAUAUGGAAUGACAUUACUGUCAAAUUGCUGUUUACUUUCUUUCCAGUGGUCCUGCUACAGCCCAACAUCUCUCUCAGUCCUCCAAAUGAAGGGAUGUUUUGGGAACCUCAGGGGCCAGAGGUGAUCAGGGGCCACAGCUUCUCCAUCACCUGCUCCAUUCAGCCACAGUAUCCUGGAGGCCUCUUCUAUCUGGACUUCUCUGGGUCCAACAGAACUGAGACUACGCCUGCAGUCAACCACUCUGCCUCCUUCCACUUCCCUGUUGCAGAGCAUAAAGACCAGGGGAAAUACAGCUGCAGCUAUGGAGUCAACGUCUCCAACCGGUCAUUCAGGUCGGCUAAUAAUGAACUAGCUGUCACCAUUAGAGGUAAAAUAACACAUGCUUUAAAAAAAGUUAUUAAAAAUUGCUUUUACGUGAUAUUCACCCAAAGAGAGAACAAUCUUAGUAUUGUAACAUGACUUAUCAUCCUUCAUAUCACAUUUUUGUUUGUUUUUAUAUUAUAUGAAUUUGCCAUCUACAAGUCUUGAUCUGUAGGUCUCAGCCUUGAAAUACCUACCUUUUCCUCAGCGUCCAUGGUCCCCAUCAUUGUUUCUGGAGGGACUGGUGGGGUAGCACUGCUGUUUCUGCUUCUGCUUGUCAUCUGUCUAGUCAGCUGGAGGACAAGGAGGAACAGAAAGCCAUCUACAGAGACUGACCAGAGAGAAUGUAAGUGAUAUCACUAUACUGUAAACUCAAAUUCUGAAUCUGAACUUGAUUUACACCUUGAGCUUGAAAAGUUAAGCUAAGCAGCAUCUCAAAAUCGGCCUAAAGACUUUUGUUGAUACAUAAUUUAGAGUUUGCUGUUGCACAUAUUCAAGAGCAAACUGUUAUGCAACAGGUAUUGACAACAGACACAACAGAGGGGAGGAAAACGAAGAGGAAGAGGACUAUGUAAAUGUUGAAAACGUAUUUUACGAGAGAAGUCUGGAGAGAGUCACGGGUGAAAAGAAGAAUGGGAAGGAAAAAGGGCACAGCUAUGGGAAAUCAGAGGAUGUCUAUGACAACGAGGAGGGAAACAUUCAAAGAAAGGAUGUUUGUGGGGGGUCUCAUGAGAAAAUGAACAGUGAAGACAAGGAAGAAGAUUACGUUAAUGUCUCUGCCUAUGAUAAUGCUGUAGCACGUGACGUGAAUGAAGACAUUUAUCAAAACCUUUAG